GUAACAUGAUGGAGGUGGCGGGUUCCUGGACAGAAGUAUUCGAGGGUUCGGAGAGGACGGAUGCGUGCGGGAGAGCGGAGACGCUGUUGGGGAGCUCCACUCUGACUCUGGCUCCUCUGGUCGCUGAUCCCCCGUCAGUACGCCGCUCCCAGCCCAUCCUCAUCACCUCAAACAGGACGAAAGGCGAAGAGUUGUUCUCCUCCUCUGUCCCAUCCAUCCCCAACCCUUUCCCCGAGCUCUCCAGCCCUCCGGUGCUCAUCAGCUCUCUUCCACCGCAGUCCAGCGACAAACAUCUGAUAAAGGUGUAUGGGGAGGACAGCCACAGCCGGUCGGUGUGGGUCGCUCCGAGAGCUACAGCCAGGGAGGUGUGUCACAUGUUGGUCCAGACGGCUCACUGCAGCGAUCAGGAAAACUGGGCUCUGCUGGAGCUCCACCCCGCCCUGGGCCUGGAGAGAUGUCUGGAGGACCACGAGGUCGUGCUCCACGUUCAGGCCACCUGGUCUCUCAAAGGCGACACGAGGCUCGUUUUCUGCAAAAACUACGCCAAGUACGAGUUCUUCAGGAAACCGACGCUCUUCUUCCCAGCAGUGCAUGAUCUGCCACGACAGCGGCCGAUGUCCAGCAAGGGCGAUGAUCGUCGCAGCUCAAUUCAGUACGGGAAGCCAGCUUCAAGUGCAAACUACCAGUUAUCCAAGUCGGCCGCGAGAAUGAAGCCCCGCAGAGCCAGGGGGAAGAACCAGACUGACAGAUUGGCAAAUCAAAAGUCGGAGGCGAGCCUGGUGGCAUGGAGCUUCGGGAAGGCCGGUGGACGGGUCAUCCAGAACCCGACCGGAGGCCCAGGAGCGCUGAGAGGGAGGAAAGACAAGCCUUGGAGGAGGAGGGAAGCCCUGAGGUGCAGUCUGCCCAACCUCAACUCUGGAGCGAGACCUACCUCCAUCCACAAGUCCCAGCCGUGGUUUCAUGGCGGCGUGUCCAGGAAGGAGGCCCAGAGACUGAUAGAAAAGCAGGGCCUGGUAGACGGGAUGUUCCUCAUCCGGGAGAGCCAGCAGCACACGCAGUGCUUCGUCCUCUCGCUGUGUUACAAGCUGAAGACCAAACACUACCUGGUAAUCCCUUGCGAAGAGGAAGGCAGGAAGUACUUCACGAUGGACGACGGCGUGACGCUCUUCAUAGACCUCCUGCAGCUGGUGGAGUUCCACCAAAUCAACAAGGGCAUCCUCCCCGUGUGCCUCAAACACCCCUGCGUCUGUGUAGCACUAUGAAUCCCUUACACUAACCCUCCCAGUGUGUGUGUGUGUGU